UAUCCACCAGCAGGCAGUUACUCGGAUAGAAGGCAGUGAGCGCGUGUGGGGGGCUGUAUUGCUGAGAGGGUGUUUUCUCAGGAUAGCAGCAGAACCCACCCGUUGUUGUGAUAUGGAGAAUUUGGAGGAGGAUUUGACAUGCUCCAUUUGUUAUUCCCUCUUUAACGAUCCACGAGUACUACCCUGCUCCCACACGUUCUGCAAAGCAUGUCUAGACAACGUGCUCCAGAUCUCUACCAAUUUCUCCAUCUGGCGACCACUUCGCCUACCACUCAAGUGUCCUAACUGCCGCAGCACGGUGGAACUUCCACCUAAUGGCGUGGAAGCUCUGCCGAUUAAUGUCUGUCUGCGCGCCAUUAUAGAAAAGUACCAGCGUGACAAUGAGCCACAAGCUCCUUCCUGCUCUGAGCACCAUCGCCAGCCUCUGAAUGUUUACUGUGUUCAGGACUGCAAGCUUGUAUGUGGCUUGUGCCUCACUAUUGGGCAGCAUCAGGGCCACACCAUUGAUGAUCUGCAGACAGCAUACAUCAAAGAGCGCAAUGCCCCAGCCAGAUUAGUUGAGCGGCUCACGGACAAGCGCUGGGAAGAAGUAUGUGGCCUGUUGGAGAAGUUAGAAAAGGAAAAAUCUCAACAUGAAGGUCUAAUAAAGCAAGACGGCGAAGCUGUUAUGCAGUUCUUUCAGGGCCUGGAGCGCCGCCUUGAGCACAAGAAAGAGGCAUUCAUGAAAGUUCUGGAUCGAGCCAACGGGCAGCUGGCCAGUGCUUAUAAGCCACUCAUCGAGAAGCUUAAGGAUAUGAAGGAGGAGCAGCUAGAGCUCAUCUCCAUCAUCUCAAGCAUCAGUGAAGAUGAGUCAGCCCUCAUUUUCCUGGAGAAGGUGCACCACUUGAGGGAGAGAGUGGAUGCCUUGACUCAGACAGAGCUGCCUGAAGUCCCCACCCUCCACAUAUCACCCCGUUUAGAGGAGUUCCUCAAGGAACACUGGGCUAACGUGACCAUUGGAAGGUUGGAAGAUAGUCCAGUUCCAGAAAUCUCCUGUCAUGUGAAGAGACAUUCCACCAAAGAGCAACACCCAGAAUUAGCUCACAAGUGGAUGUUCAAGUCUGUCUUUGUUGUGGCUUUUCUAAUGGUGCCACUAUUCCUUCUGCUUCUCUGGUCAAAUUCACUGACUGGAAAAUCACUUGAGUUCUCCAAUCUCUCACAAGCAGUAGUGAGUCUAGCUCAUGAACUUUCUUUACCACUUCAUGGCUCAGGGACAUUUCUGUACUGCCUGCUUCACGAUCUUAGCCUUAAAUUCAAUUCGUAUAUUUCGGCUGUAGGAGAGAGCACUUACCAACAUGUGGCCUUCUUUUGUAAAACACUACGGUUAUGCUGAGUCACUGAGCAAGCAGAAGCAGUACUCUGUGGUGUACAGUUAACCUGGACAUACGCAUCAAGUUAAAGUGAAACUUUCCGUGAUGCAUGACUAGACAGCCGAACAGAGCACAGCUUGCUCCAAGCCACGAUGUAGCAGUUAAUAUUCUUGUUUAGACAGAAGGGGAGCAGAACAGCAUUCUAAUUCACCUGAAAUUCAAGCAGUUUUGAGAAUUUCAUAACUUAUGAACCAGUAUAUUUAAAAAAAAGUAUGGUAGCUUAUGAACUAAUUUACAAUAGUGCCGUUUUGUUUCUACUUUUUAAAAUUCCUGAUAUUUUUCUACUGAAACUAACUUGUCUGCCUAUCUGUCAGGUUUUUUUCCUUCAAUGAAAAAUUAUCCAUAAACAUUGGCUGUUCAUUUUAGAAAUUAAACCAUUACACCUGAAAUAAGGGAUGCACUGGUCAAAAGAUACUCUUUAUGUAGGCUAAUGCAGGUAUUGAUUAUGAUCUACACAGGAACAGUGCAGCGUGAUAGAGAUUGGUCACCAUGUGGGUGUCUAACACUCCAGUCUACAGGCUGCGCAGAGUCCAGCAGGACAGCCUUCUGGGUGUACAUAUAUGAGAACGGGAGCGUGCGCAAGAGCACUGCAUAAAGGGAGAACAGAUGCCAGCUAAGGGUAGGCAAGAUCACAAAAAUAACUGAAGACGUUUCUGUAAUAAUGUUUUUCAUUAAAAAAAAAACCCCACACACACCAUCUCAUCUCAUUAUCUCCAGCUGCUUUAUCCUGUUCUACAGGGUCGCAGGCAAGCUGGAGCCUAUCCCAGCUGACUACAGGCGAAAGGCGGGGUACACCCUGGACAAGUCACCAGUUAACCUAACCUGCAUGUCUUUGGACUGUGGGGGAAACCGGAGCACCCGGAGGAAACCCACACGGACACGGGGAGAACAUGCAAACUCUGCACAGAAAGGCCCUCGUCGGCCACGGGGCUCGAACCCGGACCUUCUUGCUGUGAGGCGACAGCGCUAACCACUACACCACCGUGCCGCCCCAACCCACACCUGUAUUUACAAAAAUGAACUACUUGAAUGAAAAAGGAGACCAACAAGAAGUCAUGAGACCUGCAGUAGGAGUAAGGGGAAUAACACACUUGUGCUUCUGCCUCACAGUUUCUCACUGCUGUUUUACACACACAUUUAAAAAGUAAUUAAAUAAAACUUGGUGUUUCUCUCUG